AUGUUUCCCACGCAGGCGCUUCGCGCGCGCUCUGUCUGGAAAGGCCCCAACAUUCUCCCGCUUCCUAUCGUGCGGCCGAAGCCUGGAGAGCGUAUUGCUCCCAUAAAGACACAAGCUCGCUCCGCGACGAUAUUGCCCAACUUCGUCGGUCUGAAAUUCCAGGUUCACAAUGGGAAGAACUACCUCGACAUCACCAUAACGGAGGACAUGGUUGGACAUAAGUUGGGAGAAUUUGCGCCGACGCGGAAGAACUUCACAUAUAAACAGACGAAGAACAAGUAG